AGAAGGAGGAGGAGGAGAAGAAGAAGCUGCAGCUACUUUUACGGGAGACCUAGGAAACCGACAAGCAGCUAUCUGUGGUUAGCAAAUAUAGGUUAGCCCCCCGGUUACACAGACGUAAACAUGGUGUUCGCUGCGCUGCUCUUUCUUUUAACGGUGGGCUCCUUCUGUGGAAAAGCUGCAGCAGGAAGAGAACGAGUAUAUGUGACUGUGUUGUUUCGGCAUGGUGACAGGUCACCAAUCAAAGCCUAUCCCAAAGACCCACACCAAGAGAGCGACUGGCCUCAAGGCUUCGGACAGCUAUCGCAGGUGGGGAUGAAGCAGCACUUUGAGCUGGGCCAGUUUCUGAGGAGUCGAUACAAAGGAUUCCUUAACGAAUCUUAUGAAAGACACGAGAUCUUAGUUCGCAGUACAGACUACGAUCGCACCCUGAUGAGCGCUGAGGCCAACCUUGCAGGCCUCUACCCCCCGAGUGGUCAGCAGGUCUUCACACCACAAGUGAAGUGGCAGCCAAUACCCGUACACACCGUGCCACAAAGUGAAGAGAGGCUUCUCUCGUUUCCACUUGGAGACUGUCCUCGCUACAAACAGCUGAUGAAUGAAACUGAACACACAGAGGAAUUUAUUAAUGUCACCACUACAUACCAGGACAUUAUAGAGCUGGUGAGGAGUAAAACAGGACUGAAUAAGACUGAUGUGGAGUCAGUCUGGAGCGUGUACGACACACUCUUCUGUGAGUCCCGUCACAACAUGUCAGCUCCUGCCUGGGUGACUCCUGAUGUUUUGGAGAAGCUCAGAGUGCUAAAAGACUUUGGAUUUCAGGUCCUAUUCGGGGUCUACAAACAACAAGAAAAGAGCCGGCUGCAGGGAGGUAUCUUGUUGGGUGAAAUAGUGAAGAAUCUUUCCAUGAGGGCCCUCCCAGACUCCAAACAGAGACUGAAAAUGAUGAUGCUGUCAGCGCAUGACACCACUGUAGCUGCUCUUCAGGCCAGCUUGAAUGUGUUCAACGGAAAACAGCCACCAUAUGCCUCCUGUCAAAUAUUUGAGAUGUACAGGGAUGACAACGGCUCUUUUUCUGUGUCGAUGUUUUACCGUAAUGACACCACAGUGGAGCCCUACCCUCUGCAGUUACCAGGCUGCUCCCUUGACUGCCCCCUAGACGAGUUUGUGAGAAUUACAAAGCUCUCAAUUUCAGAUGACCGGGACAAAGAAUGUCAAGUGCCUUCAGAAGGGAGAGAUAAAGAAGUGAUCAUCAUCCUGGCGGUGUCCAGUUGUCUGCUCCUCCUCCUCAUCACCCUCCUCCUCGGCGUUAUUUGUUGGCAGAAGAAGACAGUCAGCAAUCAGGGAUACCAGCAUGUGAUCAACCAGGAAGUCGGAGAGGAAUCCUGACAUAAGCACAAACUCCUUCCUCGGAGAUCUACAAACCUCGCAUCUUGGGACAGCAGCGAUGACGACGAACUUUGAACUCUAAAACUCCUGAGUGACCUUUAUGAUGGUUUCAUGAACACAUUCAGUUUGGGACCCACAAUGAUUACAUUUUUAGAACAGCGGGUUUUCGUCCAAAAUGACCCCGUUUGCUUUGGGUCAGAGGGAAAGAAUUUAACAAACAUUUCAAUUUAAGAUUUUAGAGAAGCUCAGCUUUUUAAAAAAACACUCUAAACUAACAUGAUUAAUGAUGAGUGAGACAUUGUUGGAGGGACCAAGACUGAUUUCUACAUCAAGAAAACACAGCAGGGAAAACUUUUUGUAUUUUAACAGAUUGUCAUCUAAUGUAACUGCUGUGUUCCCAUGUGGACUCCAAUCAGCCAAAUAAAUGUCUGAUUUCAACAAAUAUGACCCUGAUUUCUGCUUGGAAAGACACUGUUCAGUCUGGGUUUUUUAAACUGUCCCAAAACAGGACUAUAGUGACAAAGUUGCGUAAUAGUAGUCCGGAAAUGUGAUGGAAAAUGGUGCGUUCUUGGUAAUGUCAUUGCAAAUUAUUGAAAAACAAACUCUUAUUUUUUGAGAACAUGUUUUUCCUCCUGGCAGGUCUGAUUUUCCUUAAAAACAUGUAGCACAAAUAUAAGACUUCACCUGAUUACAAAAGACCUAAGAUAUGUUGACUUAAUUAAAUCUUAAUUAGCUAAAAAUGUUUCAAUACUGAAUCUCAGUCCAGAAUGUUUCCAGAACUGGUCUGUUUCCACAUCUUCAUGUAAUCAGAUGACUUUUUUUUUUUUUUUUAAUUGGCAAGAACACAUUUGUUUUGUGUGUGUAAUUGCAAAUUCAUGUGUCAGUUUAUGUGUGCAGAUGUAUUCAUGAAUAUGCCUUUUGUGUGUUAUGAUUUGUGUACAGUAUGUAUGUGUUGGCUCAUUUGUGUUCUUGCGCGUGUUGACUCUGAGGCCAAAUGACCGAGAUGCCUUAUAUGUUUUUAAUAAUGGGUUUUGUUGUUUUUUUUGUUCUGAUGUAACGCAUAACACAUAGUUUUGUAGGAUUUCGAGUACGUGAUUUGAACUUAUUCAAAUAGGUGCGUUUGAUUUAUCAAAGGAGCAGCAGAGAGGUGUUGAACGUUUACCGAGAGAGAGCUGGCCUCGACAGCAAGCAUUCACCCCCAAGUGUCCUUUAGCCCCAUUGAAUUAAAUUGAAUUGUGUCCUUGAGUGCGACACUAAACACCAGCUCAGUGGUGGCUUAGCGGAGCCUGACCUUUGGAAGGAAAAUAGAUUACUUUUUUUCAGCGUCUCACAGACAGAGCUUACAGCUUCCAUUAACAGAAUGUGAUUCCAUUUUUUUUAACUGUGAAUAUGUUGGAACUUUGGAAACACUGGAAACCUUUACAUUUGUUUUAAAAUCUGGCUACCUUUUUUUUUUUUUUUUUUAAGUCAGCUUUAUUUGAAAAAUAAAAACCUGUUUUGUCUAAUCACCUUUUAAAUGCAGGACAGAUAUUGAAUGCUUUCCCUAUAUCACGAAAAACUAUUAACUGUGUACCUAAAACUUCCAGCUCAUGCAGUUUUAGAAAAAGAUAAGACCCAGGGUUUUAUACGACAGGAGAUGAGCGUUUGGUUACAAAAAAAAAAAUCUAAUAUGUUACAAAUAAGUAUAAAUCUUAAUGCAGGUAUGACCAGGAUCUUGUUUUUCUUAAAGUCAGGAUCCAGAUUCUGGACUUGGACAUGGAGAACACAUAUUUGCUGGAAAGUUCAACGCUUGCUAUAUAUUAAAAAUAAUUAAGGGUGUUUGUCGGUAUUGUGUGACCCCACUCGAAAUUGUCAUUUCAGUUUUCUUUCAUGCUGUAUGAAAUGAUUGAUCAGACUUUGAGAAGGUGUUGCUUGUAAAUGUUUUGGGUUUUUUUUUUUUGAAAAAUAAAUGAUCAAUCAUUGCAAA